GCAUGCUCACUUGGAGGGUCAAGGGACAGGCUGUGUCUUGCGCAUGUGCUGCAAGCGAAGCCCACGCGCGUGCGCAAUCUCUGCGCGCGGGGAAGGCACAUCAAAAGAGCCGGGGGUCUAGUGUGUGAUUGUGAAAAAGUAAACCGUAAACAACGUAAAGUAUUGCAACUGAUCGUUGUAAAUCCGCAGAUUCUCUUCUAACAGGAACCGCAUAAAGCCUCAUCCGACGCAUCUGCAAGAGAUCGCUACUUUUAGCUUUGUUUGCUGGUCCGACUUGAAGCCCCCCGCACAAGUCCGGCGUCGUGUCUCCUCUGCGCCGCUCGGCUAGAUGUAGCUGCAGGAGCGCUGCUCGACAGUGAUCUAGGUUUGGUGUGCAUGUGAUCCGCUGUAGUCGAGUUAACCCCCGUACUUUUUCAGUUCCUCCGACGCACAAGACGUAAACAUGGCGGAGUCCGAGGAAGCGAAGCGCUCAGAGAGUGUCCUGGGGGCAGAGCUGCAGUUUGGGGAGUCGUCCAGCAGACGAACACGAGAAGGAGUGGAGGAGAGGAUCCAGGGGCUGCAGUUCAGUAGUGAUGAGGAGGGAGGAGGAAGAGGGGGCCCGGUCCUGCGGGACUCUGAGGGAGGGGCACCCAGCCCCACCCCUCCUCUGCAGACCCAGGGGGGGGCGGACGAUGAGCUGGACGGGGCUCCGGUGAUCAGGGCUGACGACGAGGAGGAGGAGGAGGAGGAGGAAGACGACUGGGACAUGGACACGGGCGAGACUCCGGAUUGCGCUGUCGACAUGGAAACAGACAAACGCGUGGAAACGGACAAACGCGUGGACACGGACAAACGCGUGGAAACGGACAGACGCGUGGACACGGACAAACGUGUGGACACGGACAGACGUGUGGACACGGACAGACGGACGGAGCCACAGAGCGACAGACGCGCAGAGCCGCAGAGCGACAGACGAACGGAGCCGCAGAGCGACAGACUGGCGGACACUGACAGACGAACGGAGCCGCAGAGCGACAGACUGGCGGGCGAGCGCUCGAGGCCUCAGAACGAGGGGUCGGACACGGGGGCCCCCGCCAAAACCCCGGCCCCCGGCCUGGGAACAGCGUUCAUCUCCGCCGAUGCCCGGCGCCCCCCUGUGGCCGACGUGGAAAUGAGCGCUGUGGAGGAGUCUGUGGGGGACCGGAGGGUACAGGAUACCCCCCUCCCGCGUGCGACCGACCCCAGCCUGGCGGGUGUGUGUUCUCGUGCAGGUGGAGUUGUUCUGUCGCAGUGUGGAUCGCGGGGGAGCAGGCGCCAGGGAGAGGACACACCUGUGAGUAUCUCCCCUCCACAGCCAGGUGUGCUCAGGAUCAGGGAGAUGGAGAGCGGUUCUGUGGAGGGCGGCUGCUUCUUCCCUCCUGUGGACAUCAAAGACGAGCCAAUCGAUGAAGAGUACGACCGCGCCCUCGUACCCCAGCCUCCGCCCAGGCGCAUCAAGGACGAGCCCGACGCUUCAGAGGAUUUGGUCCAGCAGCAGAAAACCUCGGAGGAACUGAGGAUCAGCUCGGUGUUCUCUGUGGGAGAAAACUCCUCCCCCCCCACAGGUGAGAGGGCAGGAGCAAAGAGAAAACUUGUGUGUGUUUGCGCGCACAUACAUGCAUACACUACAUGGCCAAAAGUAUGUGGACACCUGAUAUCCAACCAAAAUCAUCCAAAAUUAUGGGCAUUAAUAUGGAGUUGGUCCACACUUUGCUGCUAUAACAACCUCCACUCUUCUGGGAAGGCCUUAAACUAGAUUAAGAUUUGCCUU